CAGCCUGGAUGCGUGGAUGCGCGGCAACACGACAGCUCCCACGCAGUCGAGGCUGGGCGUGGAACUAUGGGAAGUGGGUUGCCCGCUGCCCUCCUCCCCCUCACUAGAGGAGCUACUGCUGCAGGAACCCCACCCACCGUCCCCCUUCAUCCCCAGCAGCAGCGACGCCUCCUCUCCUAACGGGUGCUGGAGUCCUGACGACGACCUCGGCGCCCCAGACCCAGACCGCGCCCCAGACCCUGACCGCGCCCCAUGCUCGGGCUGCCGCGGCCGCUGCCACGUCUCCUUCGGGAGCUCCAUGGCCUGCCAGCAGCUCGUCAGGUCGCGGUCUUUUGGUGGUGGCAGUCGACGUAACUCCUCAGCUGCCACCACAGCUGGAGCUUGCCACGCAGGUGGCACCAUGUCAUCACUAGGGUCCAGACAGAGCAUAUCACUGUAUAAUUUGUAUAAUGUACACAGGGUCCAGACAGACAAGCAUGUGCCCUGUCUCACGUGUCCCGUGCCCCCAGGUGCCCUGUCUCACGUGCCCGUGCCCCCAGGUGCCCUGUCUCACGUGUCCCGUGCCCCCAGGUGCCCUGUCUCACGUGCCCGUGCCCCCAGGUGCCCUGUCUCACGUGUCCCGUGCCCCCAGGUGCCCUGUCUCACGUGCCCGUGCCCCCAGGUGCCCUGUCUCACGUGUCCCGUGCCCCCAGGUGCCCUGUCUCACGUGCCCGUGCCCCCAGGUGCCCUGUCUCACGUGUCCCGUGCCCCCAGGUGCCCUGUCUCACGUGCCCGUGCCCCCAGGUGCCCUGUCUCACGUGUCCCGUGCCCCCAGGUGCCCUGUCUCACGUGCCCGUGCCCCCAGGUGCCCUGUCUCACGUGUCCCGUGCCCCCAGGUGCCCUGUCUCACGUGCCCGUGCCCCCAGGUGCCCUGUCUCACGUGUCCCGUGCCCCCAGGUGCCCUGUCUCACGUGCCCGUGCCCCCAGGUGCCCUGUCUCACGUGUCCCGUGCCCCCAGGUGCCCUGUCUCACGUGCCCGUGCCCCCAGGUGCCCUGUCUCACGUGUCCCGUGCCCCCAGGUGCCCUGUCUCACGUGCCCGUGCCCCCAGCAUUAAAAUGGUUCACAAUGUCUUCUGAAUGCUUUGCACCAUUCCGAAUGCUCCGCCGCUGUGGGUCGUGCCGACAGUCGUACGGCAGGCUCUACGAGGCCGAGAAACAACUGAAGAGCGUGCAGCGGUACCAGAAGAGGCUGGAGUAUCACCUCAGUCAGGUGGAGGACCUGCUGGACCAGUACAGCCUUCAUCAGAAGCUCAGAGAAGGGGUGCGAAACAUGGCCUACGCAUACGCCGUGUCCCCAGGCAAGGAACGCACGAACGCCCUCAGCAACGUGCGUUCAGGCUACAGAGAGUGCACUGAUACGCUCUGUGCACUGGAGGUGCAGCUAGAGCACCUGUUGGGUACUCUCACCCUCGAGAUGAAGGGUAUCCAGGGGUUUGCGCGCCUGUGCCCCGGCGACGUGUUCGAGGUGACGAUGAAGCACGGCCGGCAGAAGUGGCGCACCAGAGGCAGGGUCGGCAGAGAGGGCAGCCAGACCUGGGACAACAGCAGAGCUGUCUUCAAGGCCCUUAUUGGGGAGGGGCUGGUGAUGAAGGCGGUGGAGGUUCGGCUGCUGGGGAAGGGCGCGCUCAUCGGGCAGCGGGAGUGCGAGACUCGGGAGCUGUUCUGCCCGCACCCACAGCUCAUGACCGUCAACCUCAACCAUGCGGGCUCCCUCAAGCUCUGCGUCGUCGUCACUUGGAGUCCUCUGGACGGCAGCGCUGCUGGGGGCCUGGCAGCUCCCGAGGACUCGACGUCCACAAUCCUGCGUACGGCGUCCCUGUCGUCCACCGCGUCCACCCUGGCGGCAGGACGGCGGACCAGUGGCGUCCAUGCCACGUCCACGCCACUUACCUUCACUCGGUUACUGUCACGACCUGACGCCAGCAGCAGCAUCCCAGAGUGCAGCGAUAACGACAGCAGCUUUGGCAGCAUGUCAGCUCGCUCCUCGUCGCCUGACAGCUCUGCCAGCCCUCUGCCCCGCGCUGCUGACACUGUUCGCGAUAACAAUGCUGACAGUCAGUUCUGCGUCUCGACGAGCAGCAACUUGGACCUGAAGUCUCGAUCACACCCCCACCUUCCUUCCCUGACGCGCGCCUCCUCGAGCCUUCAGCAAGAUGGUACCCACCUCAACACGGGGGGCGACUCUCCCCCCACCAAGCUUGGGGGGCUCUCAGCGUCUCUGGCACACUUACACAGAGACAAAGACGCAAGUCUCACGUCUUUGCUCAAUGCCAUGCCAUCGCAGCACAGCGACUGCACUGACGUUUACUCCAUCAGCUCGUCAGACACACCGAGCGAGGCACGCAAAGCGAUGUCCGAGUCGUGCCCGCCAUUGUCACGCUUGUCAUUCCAUUCUGUGCAUUCCACUAAGUCUGCAGGGGAGAAGCCUUCUAGACUGAGUGGAGCGUCUAAAUCUUCCAGUGAAGACGUUAGCAAGUUUGCCCUCAUGACUUCUAGACUGAGUGGAGCGUCUAAAUCUUCCAGUGAAGACGUUAGCAAGUUUGCCCUCAUGACUUCUAGACUGAGUGGAGCGUCUAAAUCUUCCAGUGAAGACGUUAGCAAGUUUGCCCUCAUGACUUCUAGACUGAGUGGAGCGUCUAAAUCUUCCAGUGAAGACGUUAGCAAGUUUGCCCUCAUGACUUCUAGACUGAGUGGAGCGUCUAAAUCUUCCAGUGAAGACGUUAGCAAGUUUGCCGACAUGAGUCAGUCAUACACGGAGGAGGCAACACCGCGUUCCCGACUCUGGUCCAGCCAGCUAGAUAGUCUGAGCUGCUCCAAAUCUGACGACAGAGACAAAAUAAGCUUGGCUGAACACACUAAUACUUAUUUGCAUGAACUGGACGAUGUUGUCAUUCAUGACCAUGUUAGUCAAACGGGCUACGAAGGCGGGGUACGGCAAGAUAUGAUAAAUGAAGAUCUGCCGCUCCACCAGCCUGACGCUAGCUUGGACAAUGAAGAUGAUGCUCAUUUGGUCAGUGAAGAUGAUGUUUGCAUAGUCGUCCCUGCUCAAGGUUUUGCCGAAACCAAGUCGAGAGCGAAUCUCGAAACUGAACUUGGUGUCCGGGGUUUACCGUUUGGAGUUACGCACGAAAAACGUGGCGUGUCUGAUGCUUGGGAUGCUACCGACGUUCCUCGCACCUUACCUGAGCUAGUAGCGCGUGUGCGCGGGACUCUCGAAGAUAUUCAAGGACAGUUCGCGGCCUUGCACCAGCUGGAGGAAGCCGUGCGCCAGCUCGACCAACUCUGUGCGACGACGAGUAGACGUGACAGCGCGGGGUCGGAAUGCAGCCUAACCGUCGCGGCAGCGCUGGAGUGUUUCGACUUCCUGGACGCUGAGACCGACAGUCCACCUACCGCGAGACGCGUCUCUGCUAAUGGUGACGCCGAGACUGACAGUCCCCCUACCGCGAGACACGUCUCUGCUAAUGGUGACGCCGAGACUGACAGUCCACCUACCGUCCCCUCUUAUGCUAAGAACGACUUCUGUAGCCUAAAAAGUCCUGACUCUGUAGACCCAGGACUUUGCAACGAAACCUGCCCCGUCAAAAGUCCUGACUCGCUAGAUCCUAGAUCUUGUGGCAAUGGAAACUCUCAAGAAGGCUCGUUGAGUAACACCCUAGAAGACAAGUCGACGCUAUCGUCGUCCGGAGGAAGCAAAUCUUCAGACUCAUCUACUCUUGAAGACAAGUCUAGGUCUUCAGGCACUAGCUCGCUGUCCAACACACUAGAAGACAAGUCUAGUACAUCAGCGCAACACACGUCCGGCACGUCUACCCUGGAGCUGGUCACCCCACGCCGCCCUCAGGAGGCCCUCCAGUUCGUGUUCCUGCCUUCGUGCCUGCACGCCUCCUACGAGCUCCAGAAGUUCCUCUACGUGCACCAGCGCCGCGUGCUUAAGCUGAUCUUGAACUUGGGCUUGUUCGGACCGCUGCGGCAACUGGAGCUCUGGAGCCUCCGACAGCUGCAGGCCGAGGGUCGCCUGCUCAGCGCCGUCCUGAACCACAGCACACAACUGGCCGCCCUCAGACCUCACCAUCUGCUCACCAUCCCACACGUCCAGGUGUUGUGGGACUCUGUGUCCACGUCCAGUGAGCAGUGGUGCGUGAGCGGCAGCGCGGUGGUGGCAGGUCUGCUGCCGGUCGUCUCCAGUCUGGUGCCUCCUGAGCACGCCGACUCCCUCCCCAAGGAAGUGCUCGAGUCGCUGGUCGAGCAGAUGUCGGGGUGUGGACGCGGCCUGUACACGGGCAGGGAGGUGGUCACCGCAGGCCACUUCUUGCAGCAUCUCCAGCCUCCCCUGCAGGCGACCGUGCCUGCCGUGGCCUCUGCCAUACUCAUCGCCCGCAAGCUCUGUGUCCUCACUCCCCAGAGCGGAGCGCAUGCCGUGCAGCUGGGGACAUUGCUGCUCAGAGCGCCGCCUCACAUCGUCCUGCUUGUCACUGAGUACCUCGCUUCUCUGCACGCUAACCCUGCCGCCCUCGCUCAGAUGCUAGAAGUUUGUCUGCUGGAGCUAGAGUCUCCCAGGAGUGAUGACCGAGCGUCGGCUUGUGAGCUUCUCGCCACGAUAGCUGCCCUCACUCCCCAGGCCUGUGCCCACCGCCAGCCUCACAUCGCACGAGUUGAACGAUCCAGUCUAUGCAUGGAACCUUCCGUGCUCGAUCCUAAACUCGAAAUUCCUCUCUUCAUUAAUGAGGAGAAAGUUGCGAGUGACCACAGUGGAAGCACUUCGUCAAACCUGGACAGCGAGGAGCUGGGCAAAGGCAAUCGUUUCUCAGAAAACUCGAGUUGCAAGCCCAACAGGAAGAAGAAAGAUGGUGAGAACGUAUUCAGUCAGUUAUUAAAUCGUCGUAAGAGUAACGCUUCAUCUACGUCUUCUACUCGUUCGACCAAAUCUAACAAAUCGUACGUUGAUUCUGGCAUAUCUUCCUCUCCGAAGCGAGGUAGUUUAGUAUCUUCAUUAGAGUCGUCAAGCUCGACGGACUACAAACGUGAGGACUCAUUGUCAACAAGGAACCGCAGUCCUGAGGACGUCAUGUCUUCUUCUUACCCAUCAGCCAUGAGUACCCGCACGUCCCUGGCUCAGCGACUUCAAUGCGUCCGGCCACACUCUUCUUAUGACGCCCAUCCUCUGGAGGUUUCAUCGUCCGUCAGUCCUCUCGAGCCGUAUCCUGCAGUGCGUUUAGCCACGCUGUCUCAGUUUAUUGAGAUCUUGUCGUUCGUGCAGCACAACGACAGCAGCUAUAAGGUGCAGAAAGCAGCUAAGCGCGGCCUGCAGCAGCUCGGAUCUGAAGGUGCCGAGGCUAUGCAGCAGUGGACCUUGUCGGCUCACGGCUUCCAGGGCGUUAAAGUCUGUAGAGAUAAUAGACAUUAAAAGACGCUGUAGAUAUUGAAGAUAUAUACUUUCUUAGUUUUGAUGAGCAGCGUGUCCGAGACUCGUGUUUGCCUACCGGAUUACUUGCUUUAAUGUUGAUUUGUUCGUCAUAGAACUCGGGCGUAAUAAUAGUACGAAUUAAUUGAUGGCUUUUGUUGACGCCCGCACUCGAUUUUUGUGUCGUAUAUCCGUUGUCGCAUUGCAACUUCUCUUCGUUAUUUUGAUAGAGCAAUUGUUGUGCAUCAGUGGACGUCACAGUUUUUGCUAUGUUGUAAGCAGACUGUCUCCAUACGCCACUCGCCAGUCUCGUAUUGUAUGCUUCCUAUGCAGCGGCCGAAGCGUUUGUAGCAGCAAAUGGACGACCAUUGCUGACUGCAGUUUACUGCUCUCCCAACUGAAUUUGAAUUCAGUUAGAACCGAUAAAUAUCGGUAGUGAUUUAUUCUUAAUUGGUCUCUAGUGUUAUUCGUGGCGAGAGAAUGACCAGGUUUUUAGUGUUGGACUUGAUGCUGAUUUUAUUACCUCUACCUUCUAAGCGGGUAGAACGUAACUCUUCCCUCAUAUGUCAUACCAUCAAUCCAUCGGUCCGUAUUUUACCAUAUACUAUAUUAUUUUUUCUUGAUCAUCAAGUACCUGCCCUAACUUUUCUUCGUCGCUAGUUUGUUUGCAAAUAAUGCUGUAAAUAGAAUGCUUCUGGCCUCUUUAUGUCUCAUAGUUAUUAUUCGGAAGUCUCGAGUCUAGUCACAUGAUCAGCUCGUGAGUCAGUGUGGCGGCACGUUGCUCGUGUUUUAUAUUUACUUAUUUUGCCUUCAGUCCGUCUUGCUGUAUGAAGGUUCGCGCUAUGUCUUUUUGCACGAUAUGCUACAACUUUAUUUUUUAUGAAAUAAUUGGGCGACUUCAGUUGUCUUUUUUAUGAAAUAAUUGGGCGACUUCAGUUGUCUUUUUAUGUAAUAAUUGGGCGACUUCAGUUGUCUUGCAUGAAGCAUCUCGUCUUACGUAGUUUUUGUGAUUUGUUUCGCUUCUUUUUCAGAUGAUUUUUUUUUCAAGUGGAGUGUUGGCUUACCGUAAAAUAUUGAUCUUAUCGCUCAUUACCUCAUUUUAAUCAAGCUGGAUCUGAACUUCUAAUUUUUCAGCAUUAAUAUCAAUUUUUCGUGCCUAGUAGUGCAAUAAGCAGUGUAAUGAAAGAACAAUUUAUGCAAUGCUCUACCAUGCUAUGUGUCGUAGGUAGUACGUUUGGUUUUGAAAUCUUGUGAUCAAAACAUGCAAAACUUUAGUCCAUAUGAUUUAACGUGUAAUUGUACGUCAUCUCAUAUUUUCAAAACAUUUAUUACAAUUAUAUAUACGUAAACUCGCAACACUGUCGGUAAUAUAAUAAGCUGUUAGAAGAAAAUUUCGAGGCAAAAAACGUUUUCAAAAGUUGAUGAGUGAAUUGCCUUCCUAUCGGGAUUCCGGUAACUUUAUUUAUUCUAAUACAUUUUCCAUUUCCAUUUUCGCACUUUUUCAUAUAAUUUUAACGGAGCUUUUUAUGUCUUGUGCAUUAAUUCAUUUGUAGCGUGCGCUUUUGGACAAUGUUCUGGUCAUGUAUUGCAAGCUUACUGAAUCUCAUUUACUAUACAAAAUGUCCAUGCCUAAAAAUUUCCUCCAGUUUCAUGAACGAAGCGUGAUAUUUCUCUUUGGUAACGGCUUACGAAGACUGGUUGUUACUAAUGUGUAGCUGAGAACGGUUAUUGGUGUUCCAUCAAUAAGUUAUGAAGUUAAAGAAGAGUUUCAAAGUUGGUGGUGUUUGUGGACAAAGAAUGACAAGCCGAAGAAACGUCUGAGGCCCUUCUCAUUAUAUGGGUAAUGUUAAUGGGAGUGUGAGGUUACUGAUGGCUGUAUAGUGAUGUUACUGAAGACCGAUUAGUGACCGUAUGGUUUUCUCUCAAAAUAUUUCGGUGUUAUUAUAUUUGGGCGGAGUGUUGCUCAGCUUCAAAGCUAGACACUCGAGACUGGGAGGUAUCAACUUUGGUCAAGGAGGUACAGAAUCACUAAUUUAGUCAUGAUUGACCGUUUUCUAUUACCGAUAUAUUACAGAAGACUUUAUUUGUGAAUAAAGAAUUUUUUUAUGUCAGUUAAAGUAGUGAUGCCGACCCAAAGUAAUCACAGAUGUAUUUGAUUUGAAAUGUCGUACCGGUAUAUCAGCACAAUUACGGCUUCAAGGAUCUAGAUUUUCUAGAGCAAAUCUGGCUUGCAUUGUUUUUCUUAGUUGUUGACUUGUUUCGACGCCUGCUUAAUGUGUCAAAGGUAAACGAAAUUGCUGGAUGCUUGCUUGCAAGCAAGAAUGGGAGCUGAGCUCUAUUGAUGAAGACGCUACGUUGCAUGUAUAUGAUGAAACUAGGAAGCUUAGGCAUACACACAGUAAUACAUUAUCAAAAACGAAAUUUCGAAAUGUCAAAUUUUUUCGUAUAAGACAGUUUUUUAAUCUUAUAAGGCAGUAUUUUUUAAAGUUGGUUUCCUUGAAAACUCGUAAGGCUCGCAUAUCUGCACGAAGGAUCGCGCACACACGUCGUCGCAUUCUGUAUUUUGAUCGCUUCGAAUUUGAACGAAGCCGUGGACACCGUCAGCUCGUGUCACAUCCGUACCACAUGCACUGAGGCUCUAAGAGGUAAGGCUAGUGAUGAAUGGAUGAAGUGAGCUUCCGUCAUCACGUGCAUUUUAGUGUCCGUGUUUGAGUAUUGUCUCAUUGCAGUGAGGCGCUCUAGAACUACACGUUUCUAUCUAUAAAUUUGAAUAAAAUUGAAUGGUUAACUUUCAAGCUUUUGAUACUCUUCUAAAAAGGCCUAUUUAAAUUCUAUCCCAUAUCAAGAUUAAAACCGAACGAGUUGGGUUAAACGAAGUAAUUGGGGAAACUUAAUUGUCUGAAAUUUGAUCAUUAUAGCUUGACGGUAUCAUUGCACUGCGCGUCGCGCUCAGGAUGGCGCGUGCGUCUCAUUUCUGAAGGAGCUUGCGUCCUCCGAGCCGACUGGACCAAAUAUUCGGAGUGUAGUUGCGUCUCGAUGUGAGCAACUUCAUGACUGGACAAUUUACUUUUCCUUAAACUAUAUUUCAUUCUGUUGUAGCAAACUCUGAUGCUAUUAUGAAUUGUUGUGUGGUGUAUAGCGAGUGCUCUCUUCUGGCUGCUGGGGCCGAGGAGGAUUAUGUUACGCACAGAGAAGAGGACGAAAAGUCAAGUAAAUGAUCUGUUGAAAGGUUCGGAUCAAUACCAUUCCUUUCAAAUUCUUGUAUAUUUCAAAUGUUGCUAACCUCCUAAAUAGACGAUGAUCUGGAGGAAUGUAAAGUAUUUGUCUCGAAAUCGAGAUGCAUUUUGUGACGGCUGAAGAGCACUUUUUUAUGUGGUUUAUUGUUUUCGCCGGAUAUGUAUACAUGCUGAGUGUAUUGUUAUCACGAAUAAGAAAGGUCUAAUCAAAA